UUUAGAAAUUUUCGUUAAAAUCUUUGCGUUUGUUUUGAAGUUUUGAAUAACGAAAAUCUAUUCAAAAUGAAAAUUUUAAAAUAAAGUAUUUUAUAAAUUUUAAAGUAAUCUCAUAAAUUAUUUGUGUAUUAAUCGGUACUGUGAGAUCUGCUGCCAGAGCUGUUGACAUACCUUACUUAACUUUACACUCUCCCUUAAUGAAGUUACAAAAUCCAGCAAAAGUAACGCAUGUGAAAACUCUUUCUUAUAUUUCAGCAGAACAUGAGAAUGAGUUGGCUGCUUGCCUAAAAUCUAUGGAGAGAAAAAGAAUACCAGAUACUGAGUGGAUUGAUGAAGUUUUUGAUACAGAGUUUCUUCAAGCCAAUCAUGAGAGGAGAGGAAAAAGGUCAUCUAUUUUAAAGCAAGCAAAAAUCCCAAACCUUGAUAUCUGUGAUGAUGAAUAUGAUGUAAGGUAUGGUAGAAAGAGUCAAAAUCUUAAAAGAAGAGUUAGUUUUGCAGAUACUUUUCAAGUCAAGGAAUUAAAUACUGGAAAUAUUUACGACAUUCCUGGAAGAAAUGCUGUAGAAUCUUCGAAAGACUCUUCUUUCAGCAUUCAUUUUCCUAAUUUCAACUCAGAUAAGGAGGAUAAAGAAAAUGUUGAUAUAAAUUCUUUUAGGAUUGCUAUGACUGAAACACAUCAAUCUAUGAAUCAAAUUAUAGUCCAGAGAGAAAUAAUGGCUGAAGAUAUGUCCCUAUCUGAAUCUGUUAUAGUGUCUGAGGAUUUGGAUAAACUACCAUUAAAUAGUACAACUCUACCAAAUGGUUUGAAUAAACAGACUGAUUUUUAUGGUGAACAAGAUAUGAAUCUGACACUAUUGCCUGGAAACAAUCUCCACCAUUCAGAAUUAAAAAAUAACAUUGAAGAAAAUCAAUAUCCAACAUGCACAAUUGUUACUUCUGUCUCUUGCAUGGCACAUACGUUUCAUUGUCCUGAUUCAAAACAUAAUUGUUUACUCCAAGGAAGGUCUCAUAUAACACAGAUUGAAGUACCUGCUGUUGAUGAUCAUCUUUACCUUGAAAGUAUCCCCAUAUAUUCUAAUGACCCAGAUAAAGAAAAUAUAUACCAAAAGAAGCUGUCAGCCAUUGCAAGUGCUCAACAAGGUCAGAAAAAAAGCUUUAGAGUUGUUUCAGAUGAUGUAAAUAAUCUAAAUACAAAAUCACAAAAAGCUUUAAAACCAAUUUUCAUAUCAGAAAAUACCAUAAGGCCUAGUGAAAAAGCGACUUUUACUCCAAAAUGCUUAAUGUCAGCUGGCCAAACCCAACUAGAUGUGGAAGACAUGGAUCUGACCUGUGAUGUUACCAGUAUUACAUCAACUCAAAUCAAAAGCUUAACUGAUCGGCAAACAUACGGAACAACUAAUAAAGGUGCAAGUAGAGAAGGCUCAAAGACGAUGCAUUUCCAAUCUAAUAACAUGGAUUUAACCUGCUUGUCUGUCAAAUCUAAGAAAUCUCUUGAUUUAACAGGCUUUGACAAACUUAAUUUGGAUACAGUUUCAAAUGAAAUGGAUAUAACUUGUAAUUUCGGAAGUAUUUCUCGUAUGGAUUUUCAACCAGGAAAUCCGUUAACAAAACCAAGUAUUGCUAAAUUUCUUGAUCACGGUGAAAGCACAGUUCCUUAUUCCCCAACUUUACCUAUUCAUUCUAAAAACAUGGAAUUUUCAUGCAUCGUUCCUUAUGAAUCUAGCGAUCCCUCUGUUAAUGAUUUUUAUGUAUCUCGUGAUUCUAAAGUGUCUCCAUCAGAUUCGAUUAUAAAUACUCAGCAAACAAAUGAUACUUCGGGAAACAAGAAGAGUUUGAUAGAUAUUUCUAGUAACAAACAGGCUUAUCACUUUUCCCAGCUUUUUUCUGGUAGAGAAAAUCAUGAUCACACACAAAGAAAAUCUUGUACUAUGGAUGAGACUAUUUGUUCUCCUAGAGUCACAAAAGAUCUUUCAAUUUUGAAUAAAAAAAAUUUGUCUGAUGCAAAUGAUGAGAUUUUAAACAUUCUGAGUGGUGUUGAGCACUCAAUUCAUAAAGAAAAUGAUUGUUUAGUGGGUACUCUGCCCCCUUCAGCUUCUUCAUCUAAAAUUAGUUUUGCAGAAGAAAUACUACAAGUUUCAAAUAAUUCCUUAAAACGACAAUUGCUAACCACUGAACAAGGAAAUCUGUCAACAAAACCAACUAUUACAGUAUUUCAUGAUUAUGGUGAAAACACAGUUCCUUAUUCCCCAACUUCACCUAUUAUUUCUAAAAGCAUGGAAUUUACAUGCAUGAUUCCUUAUAAAUCAAGAAAUCCUUCUGUUAAUGGUUCUGAAGUGUCUCGAUCAGAUUCUAUUCUAAAUACUCAGCGAACAAAUGAUGCUUCGGGAAGCAAAAAGGGUUUGAUGGAUAUUUCUAGUAACGAACAGGCAUAUCACUUUUCCCAGCUUUUUUCCGAUAAAGAAAAUUAUAAUCGCACACAAAGAAAAUCUUGUGCUAUGGAUGAGACUAUUUAUUCUCCUAGAGUCACAAAAGAUCUUUCAAUUUUGAAUAAAAAAAAUUUGUCCUACGUGAAUGAUGGGAUUUUAAACAUUCAGAGUGGUGUUGAGCACUCGAUUCUUAAAGAAAAUGAUUGUUUAGUGGGUACUCUGCCCCCUUCAGCUUCUUCAUCUAAAAUUAGUUUUGCAGAAGAAAUACUACAAGUUUCAAAUAAUUCCUUAGAGCAACCAUUGCUAACCACUGAACCAGGAAAUCUGUUAACAAAGUCAACCAUUACAGAAAUUCAUGAUUAUGAUGAAAACACAGUUCCUUAUUCUCAAGCAUUAAAUUAUGAUCGCACACAAAGAAAAUCUUGUGCUAUGGAUGAGACUAUUUGUUCUCCUAGAGUCACAGAAAGUUAUGAUCGCUCACAAAGAAAAUCUUCUGCUAUGGAUGAGACUAUUUGUCCUCCUAGAGUCACAGAAAAUUAUGAUUGCACACAAAGAAAAUCUUGUGCUAUGGAUGAGACUAUUUGUCCUGGAGUCACAGAAAAUAAUGAUCGCACACAAAGAAAAUCUUGUACUAUGGAUGAGACUAUUUGUUCUCCUAGAGUCACAGAAAAUUAUGAUCGCCCACAAAGAGAAUCUUGUGAUAUGGAAGAGACUAUUUGUAUUCCUAGCGUCACAAAAAAUCUUUCAAUUUUGAAUGAAAAAAAUUUGUCCUUUCCGAAUGAUGAGAUUUUAAACAUUCAGAGUGGUGUUGAGCACUCGAUUCUUAAGGAAAAUGGUCGUUUAGUGGGUACUCUGCCCCCUUCAGCUUCUUCAUCUAACAUUAAUUCUGCAGAAGAAAUACUACAAGUUUCAAAUAAUUCCUUAAAACGAUCAUUGCUAACCACUGAACAAGGAAAUCUGUCAACAAAACCAACUAUUACAGAAUUUCAUGAUUAUGGUGAAAACACAGUUCCUUAUUCCCCCACUUUACCUAUUAAUUUUAAAAGCAUGGAAUUUACAUGCAUGGUUCCUUAUGAAUCAAGAAAUCACUCUGUUAAUGAUUCCGAAGUGUCUCGAUCAGAUUCUAUUCUAAAUACUCAGCAAACAAAUGAUAUUUCAGGAAACAAGAAGAGUUUGAUGGAUAUUUCUAGUAACAAGCUGGCUUAUCACUUUUCCCAGCUUUUUUCUGAUAAAGAAAAUUAUAAUCGCACACAAAGAAAAUCUUGUGCUAUGGAUGAGACUAUUUAUCCCCCUAGAGUCGCAGAAAAUUAUGAUCGCACACAAAGAAAAUCUUGUUCUAUGGAUGAGACUAUUUGUUCUCCUAGAGCCACAAAAAAUCUUUCAAUUUUGAAUAAAAAAAAUUUGUCCUAUGUGAAUGAUGAGAUUUUAAACAUUCAAAGUGGUGUUGAGCACUCAAUUCAUAAAGAAAAUGAUUGUUUAGUGGGUACUCUGCCCCCUUCAGCUUCUUCAUCUAAAAUUAGUUCUGCAGAAGAAAUACUACAAGUUUCAAAUAAUUCCUUAGAGCAACCAUUGCUAACCACUGAACCAGGAAAUCUGUUAACAAAGCUAACCAUUACGGAAUUUCAUGAUUAUGAUGAAAACACGAUUCCUUAUUCUCAAACAUUGCCUCUUCAUUCUAAGAACAUGGAAUUUACAUGUGUUAAUCCUUCUGAAUCUAGUGCUCCCUCUGUUAAUGAUUCUGACACAUAUAAAGAUGAAAUUAUUUUCCAUGAGCAAACUAAGAAUAAAGACGGAGAAACCUCCAAAAUGAGUGAAAAACCUGAAAGUGUAUAUAUUCUGCCUUCUUCAACCACUUCAACUAAAACUAGUUCUUCAAACCAAUUACUAAAAGAUUCAAAGAAUUCUUUAAAGCGACCAUUACCUUCAACGCCUGGUAUUGUGUAUUCAAUUAGAAAUAUUAAGAAACAUAAAGUUGGCCAUGACGAUAAGAAAAGCGAUACUGAAAAUCAAGAUUUGGGAUAUAGUUUGAAAACAUUAAAGCAUCAUGAACUAAAGGUUGGGAUUCAGUCUGAAACUAAUAUUUCAGCCCCUCUUACAGUGAAUAACAAUUCUAACAUGAUUUCUUUACCAACCUUUAUAAAACAUUGUGUCACCCCUUCUGAAAAUGAGCAAAUUAACAAUCAUAUAACACCUUUAGCUACUAUUUUUUCAGAACUACCUUCUUCUAUUUUCCAGAAUAUGUCUUUUAAAGAGUUUGAUGUUAGUUCUCCCAGACAUCAAAAGAAAAAUGAUAAAAGUUCAGUAGAAGAAGUCAAUCAUAGUGUUACUAGUAACAGAUGUUCACUCCGCAGAAGCUCAAUAAAAGAGAAGAUUUCUAACUCAUAUCUGAUGUGUUCUUCCUCAGAAUUAAAGGAAAUAGAUGUGACUGCUCCUUCUCAGCCAAGUUUACCAGAGAAAAGCAUGGAUCUUGAUCUUGAUGUUCCAAAAUCUGCCUUGCUUGAAUCAUCUUUAGUAAAUCCAAAAAAUGUAUCUGCUCAAAUUGAACCAAGUUUACUAGAGAAAGAAAUAGAUCUUGAUAUUCCAAAAUCUUCUUUCUGGCUUGAAUCAUCUUCUGUAAAUCUGAAAAAAAUAGAUGGAGCUGUCCCACCUCAACCAAGUUUACUAGAGAAAGAAAUGGAUCUUGAUGUUCCAAAAUCUUCUGUCUUACUUGAAUCAUCUACUCUAAAUAUGAAAAAUGUAACUGUUCCUCCUCAAUCAAGUUUACUAGAGAAGGAAAUGGAUCUUGAUGUUACAAAAUCUUCUGUCUUGCUUGAAUCAGCUUUAGUAAAUCCGAAAAGCAUAACUCCUCUACCUGAAUCAAGUUUACACGAGAAAGAAAUUGAUCUUGAUGUUCCAAAAUCUUCUGUUUUGCUUGAAUCAUCAAAUAAUAUUGUGGAAAGUAUAACUUCUCAACCUGAACCAAGUUUACAAGAGAAAGAAAUGGAUCUUGAUGUUCCAAAAUCUUCUGUUUUGCUUGAACCAUCCACUGAAAAUGUGAAAAAUGUAACUGUUCCACUUCGACCUAGUUUACUAGAGAAAGAAAUGGAUGUUGAUGUUCCAAAAUCUUCUGUUUUCCAUGAAUCUUCUACUAUAAAUAUGAAAAGUGCAACUGUUCCACCUCAACCAAGUUUGCUAGAGGAAGAAAUGGAUCUUAAUGUUCCAAAAUCUUCUGUAUUGCUUGAAUCAUCUUUAGUAAAUCUGAAAACUGUAAGUUCUCAUCCUGAACCAAGUUUACAAGAGGAAGAAAUGGAUCUUGAUGUUCCAAAAUCUUCUGUUUUGCUUGAAUCAUCAACUGAAAAUGCGAAAACAGUUACUGUAUCUGACGUAAAAUUAAAACAUACUUUUUGUGAAGCAGUUACUAGUGAAUUACCAGAAAUUACACUUUCCUUUGAAUCAUCUAUGACUGGUUUAAAAGGUGCAACUUCUGAAGCGCAAAAUAUAGAGCAAAAUUUUCAAGCAGAAGUUGUAUUUUCCUCAGAUGUUUCACAAAGGACUCCUUUGAACGAAAAGAUGCUGCACUCUUCAGCAUUUAGACUCCUGCAUUCAGAAACAAGUAUUACAACAGACAUUUAUUCAAUGGAGCAGGCAUCAUCAACUGUUGCUAAUUCUGAUUUAACUGAUGGUGCUAUUAUUACUAAAGUUUCUGUAAAGACUAUUACAAAUACAACUGCUGAAAUGAAGGUAGAACUAGAAUCACCAGAUAAAAGUGAAAUGGAAUUUGAAAAAAUGGCUGCUCCUCAAAAGUCAUCUGCUGUAGCUUGUACAAAGGAAGAGCUUCCUAAUUCUUCCUGCCCUUCAAAUUGUCCCAAUGUGCCUGAAAGUGAAACUAGUUCAACCAGUCCAGUUAAUUCAACAGAAGCUGUUGAAAAGAAGCCAACGAAAAUAGAUAAUGCAUUGACUCUGAAAAAGUUCAAAGAAAUUCUUGAGCAAGAAUCAUCGGGGGAGAAAUGCAAGUGGAAACUGAAAACAUUGAAACAGAAUCAAGCAGUUUUUGAGCUAUCAUGGGGUUGUCGAGUGGGUUUCUUAAGAUACACGUGCACUCUGUUUUUACACAUUCAGCAAACAAGCCCUAAUGAAUCUUCUGUAGAAUUCCGUCGAGGAGAGGAUGAUGAUUUUGAUACAAUUACUGAGCUUGGUUACAAAGCUUUUCAUCAUCUUGUAAGAGAAAAAUCCAUCAUGCACCCAGUUUGUAGCAAGCAAACUUUAUUGAAGCUAUCUGAAUAUUCUGCUAUUGCUUUAAAAGUAGAAACAUUAAUGAGAGAUUUGCUGAAGCUAUUCUUCUCACGCUAUACCUACAACAUAUCUGAAGGUGUAAACCCUUUAAAGAUUCAUAUAGAUGUUGAAAAUAAAAGACAGAGGUCAAAGUGUAUUGUUACCUGUCUUGUCGAUCUUAGCUCCUACCCAAAUAUAAAAAUUGUGCCUCAAAUCAAGCAUCAAUAUUUUGAUGAUUUAACUGAUGAAAUUCAAAGAGCAGUUGCUUUGGUUGAACCUGGAAAAAAUUAUAUCUGGAAUAUAACACUAGCAGCCCAUAGUGUGUAGUUAUGCAUUUACGAAGAUUGAAAUUUUAUUUGUUUAUCUCCCUUUUUUUACAAACUUGUAUUUAUAUUUUUACCAAAUUUUAUGUAUUUUAAAAUUGUAUUAAAAAUCAUUUAAAAUU